GACAGAACAAAAAUAUAUUUUCAAAGUUACCGUUAGUAUCAAGUCAUACAGACAUUCUUUGUUUAAUUGUAGUUCUUGAGAUUUAUCCAUUUCUGUUGCUUUAUAUUUAAAAUGGAGGUGAGGCUUGAAUUUACAUUUACACAAGACUAAUACUGUGUUUCAUUGACCUUGGAAAUCGGAGAUGGGAAUGACGUCACACCUAACCCUAACCCAGUUGAAAGCACUAUGCCAUAUAGUACACAUACAAACCCAUUGCAACAUGUCCAGAGAUAGAGGUUAGACAGUACUGUGUGUAUGAUUGAUGAGACACAAAUAAGACAGUAGUGCUAAUAAACAUUAUACUACUACAGCUUUCACUUCUGUUGAUAUGCAGAGCAGCCAUCUUGGAUUUUGAGGUGGUGAGGUUAUUCUGACUCUGUCGUAAAUCUGACUUCAGGGGUUAUUCCAGUUGAAAAAUCUGAGUUCAAAUGAAACGCACCAUAAGAGUAUACAGACAUGUUAAUGUGUCUGUGAGGCUGGAUUUUAGGCAGAGUAGUGCUUUGAGCUAAAUGCUAUCAUUAGCAUGCUACUCGGAAUGACAAUGCCAGCAUGCUGAUGUUCUAGCGGGAAUUAAAUCGUUCACCAUGUAAUGUGUAAACAUACUUACAUUUACUUAUUAGCAUUAAACACAAAGUAGCCUACAUCAUGUUAGUGUGCAGUGCACAUUUUUGGUCUGAAACGUGCGCAACACCAUAUAUUGGAAAACUUGAAAUACUCAAUACAUUUAGAGGUCUGUAGCCGGAGGGAGAAAAACACACUCCCGUAUCCUGGCAAGAGCCCAAACUCCACUAAUGAACACAUUACACUGAGAUACUAAAAUUACAAUUGAUAUGUCAAAUUGUAGUUUUAGGGAGAGUUAGGGGGAGGUAGAACUACUUUGUCACAAAUAGGCUACUUUAUCCUCCUGUUCAACAUUUAAGCAGUUUCUCUGCUGCUUGCCUGGUAACAUCACAGCUACAACAACAACUGUUGUUCAGGUUUUACAGCAUGUAACCCCCCAGAAAAACACUCACAUUUCUGUUUACAUAUAGAUUAAACAAAUGGGAAACAAGAGCAGUUACAGGCCGAAAACUGAAGAGAGCUAAAACUGAAAAAAAAAAAAAAACUACUUUGAAUUGAGGAUUAUCACCAUUGACCAAUAGCAAGACAGCCAGACAGUCCAAAACAGAGGAAGCCAUUGUAGCUUAGAUGUGCUGAAUCCUCCACAACCUCCUCCAUUAUAGUAAAAACUGCUCCACUAGAGAACAAUGGUUUACAGACAAGUGCAAGACAGAAGCUGUACACAUACAAAUUCAUCUUUUGAAUAGACAGUGUAAAGUUAGUGUCCCAUUAGCGACCAGGCAAACAGGCUAACACAUUUUCUAACUGGCCAUUAGCAUGUUAGUGAGUUUUAUUUGACAUCUUCAAUAACUUUUUAUUGACAUUAAAAAUGGUUUUUAGUGGUGUUUAGUGGUGAACAAAAUGCCAGGAGGAAGAAAAUAGAGAAAAGCUUUGGAUUGACUUCAUUUCCACAUAACAAAUCAAUAAUGAGGAUCAACCAGACUUAAUGAAUUGAGUCUGGAAAAGCAGGAAACACAAUAUUUAUAAAGAAUUAAUAAUUUACAUUUAUUUGACUCAUUUGACCAUUAAAUUAAACAAUAACAGAAUUGUGUGAUGCAGCUGAUUCUACAGCUACAGAUUCCAGAAGCUGAAUCCACUUAUGAUGCGUCUCUCUAGAACUCUCGCAGCUACAGUUCACCUCAGUGUUACCUUGUCUCUCAGUCACACCAGUGUUGAGUUCCCGUCCGAUCUACAACAGUGAUCACAUCUGAUACCGUCGACUACCUACAAACAUCUGCAAACAUCUACUGCGAGACCAAAGAGAAAACAACUCUGAGAAAAUGGCAGAGGCUGUUCCACAGAGCUGUCCACGUCGCAGACCAGAGGCCAGAAGAAAACAAAGUGAGCUCUCUGUUCUGCGACAGGAGAACACCCGCCUGGAGAGGCAGGUGAACCGCCUGCUGAUUACUGACACAGUCAAAAUCAGCAACCUGGAGGAGCGUCUGCAGGCCAGGGAGCAGGAGGUCCUGGACGCUUUUACAAAGCACUGGGAGGAAACUGUGAUGAACCAGAUGGAGGUCGGCCGUCUUCAGCAGUGUCUCCAACUGCAGGAGGAGAAGAACCAGCAGGAGGUCAAGGAGGUCAAGGAGGAGCUCAACCAGAGCAAAAGGGACCUCCUGCAGCUCGUGAAGGAGAAGGAGGAACUUGCUGAGAGACUCACUCAGGUUGAAAACCAGCUGAGGAGCCAGGAGGAGCAAAAACUCCUGAUGGAGGAGGCUUGGAGGGAGAAGUUCAACGCUCUGAGAGCGGAGGUCGCCAGCAGAGAAGAGAGCUCAGAGAGGAGAAGAAAACAAGUGGAGGAGGAGAAAGACAAGGAGGAGCAGGAGGAGAAACAAAAGGAGGAAAAGGAGGAGAAAGACAAGGAGAAGCAGGAGGAGAAACAAAAGGAGGAAAAGGAGGAUAUCAAGAAGAAACAAAAGAAAGAGAAGGCAGAACUGAAGAAGCAAAAAGAGGAGGAGAAGCAAGCACAGAAAAACAAAGAGAAAGAGGAGAAGAAGGCUCAGAAAAAGAGAGAAAAAGAGGAGAAGGAAGAACAGAAGAAGAGGAAAGAGGAGGAGGAGAAGGCAAAGAAGGAGAGCAAAGGAAAGGAGAAGACGGAGAAGAAGAGAGGGAUGUGGAGCUGGAUGCACAGAAACAAGAAGUGUGACAGCGACAGUCAGGUGGAGGAGGCGGCUGGUUGCUCCACUCAGACCGGAGGACAGUAGCUCUCCAACCCACCCCCCA